CCCUCCUGGAAGUAUGAAGGAGAUGGUGGGAGGCUGCUGUGUGUGUUCCGACGAGCGCGGCUGGGCGGAGAACCCGCUCGUCUACUGCGACGGCCACGGCUGCAAUGUGGCCGUGCACCAAGCUUGUUAUGGAAUUGUCCAGGUUCCCACCGGCCCCUGGUUCUGCCGGAAAUGCGAAUCCCAGGAAAGAGCAGCCCGGGUGAGGUGCGAGCUGUGUCCCCACAAGGACGGAGCCCUGAAACGCACGGACAACGGGGGCUGGGCCCACGUGGUGUGUGCCCUGUACAUCCCCGAGGUGCAGUUUGCCAACGUUCUCACCAUGGAGCCCAUCGUGCUCCAGUACGUCCCCCACGACCGCUUCAACAAGACUUGUUACAUCUGCGAGGAGCAGGGCCGGGAG